AUGACACCAAACAUUAAUGCUGAAAUUCGACAAACAAAUCUGUCAUGUAACUUCGAUGACGGCACUCUAUGCAGAUGGCGAUCUGAUUCUGAUUUAUGGCUAAUUGGUGUUAAUAUACCAAUCAGUUCGUCUCAGUUCAUUCCACAUUCCUCAAAUACAAAUGGCCUUUAUGCAUAUGCGAAAGGUGGGACAGCAGUACUGGCUGAGGGACAUUUGAUUAGUGCUGAAGUGGAAGAAUAUGAUGUCCGCCGCGCGAUGUUAUCAUUCAGUUAUUGGAAAAGCAAUAAUAUAUCCAAACUUGAUGUGUGUAUUGUACAACAAAAUGCUUUCAUUUGUACAUAUACAGCUCCUGAUACAGUUGACAGUGAAUUGCAAUGGAUAAAACAAAAAAUCACUCUUUUCAACAAUUUAUCAACGCCAUUUAAGAUUGUAUUUAGAGCACGAAACAUUCAUACACCAUUAGAUGUUGUGGCUAUUGAUGAGAUCGAAUACAACAGCAAUUCUCCAAAGAUUUCAUCCAACAAACAAGCAAUUCACAUGUCAUGCAUUCCUAUCCAAUGUACAUUCAUCGAUUCAUCUUGUGCAUGGACACUGGAAGCUCCAUGGCAUCAAUUGAAAGGCAAUAUAGCCAUUGAUAGUGAAGGUGAAGGUGCGGCGAAAAGUGGUUUCUUCUCAGUUACUGGCGAAGCAUUCUUUGAAAUGGAUUUUAGUGACAACGCUUUGUUGACUGUUUUGGAAAAUGUGGGAAAUAAACUGAUUUGGAGUCGAAAGGGACCGUAUAAUGGGGAUGGUUGGUAUCAUUUACGAAUUCCCAUAAAAGCAAGUAAAGAGCCAAUUCAAUUGUUACUGAAAGGAGCAGUACCAACUAAUAAUUUCAUAGCUGUUUCUAACACUAAACUUGUGAAUAAUAAUGGAAAUGAAAUUAGUUGUGGUAUGAAUACUCUAAAUUCCAUCAAACCUUAUUUUAGCAAUACUGAAAGGUUGACUGCAUUUCAACAACUGCACGAAAAUCAGACGAAAUCAACGUUAAUGCUUUUGAAAGAGAGAGAUAGCGAAUCUAUUCGAGCAUUUACCAAUAAUAUCAUUCCAAUGCAGAAUUUCUACAGUGGAACAUCUUUUACUGUACCGAUGAGCUCCAGUUAUACCUUACCUUUUAAUCCGAAAAUUAAGGAAAUUCGGAAAUCAUCAGUAUCAAAGGACAAAAUCGGAGAAUUUUUAAAGAAUCAUUCUAUGCUUCCAUUUGAAAUUAUAAAUGCUUCUACUAUACAACAACAACAACAUAAGCCGAACUUUACCUUUUCACUACCAUUUCAACAACAUAUUGACAAGAAAUCUAUUAUAUUUACCGGAUCAUCAUCAAAUAAGCCUUACACAGAAAGGCCUAUUAUAAAUCAAAACACGAAGUCUAAUGCCUCAGUAAAACAUGACAUUAUGAGCGAACUAAAUGCACUGUUAUCGCAAAUUGGUGAACAGCCCGUUUUGGAAAUGCAGCUCCAGCAACUUGUACAACGUUUUGGAUUCAAUCAAAUUGACGCUGAACAGAGUUUGGAAUUAUUGAAGAAUGCUAUGAAUUCAGGAGACCUGUCAGCUGAUGUUGAUAAAGAACAAAAUAAAAAGCCUGAACCAAUAAGGCCUAUUAAUGCACCAUCCCAUUUCAUACCAGCCAAAGCUAUGCAACUCUUCCCCUACAAUGGUCGAUUCAAUUCACUCCCUUCAUUGAUACCUAAUGAAUUGCGAAAGAAAUUUGUUGGUAAAUCGAACGGUUUAUUUGGUCAAAAUUUAAGCGACGAAACCGUAAAACACUUGGGCUCUAUACUGCCGCUUCUGCAUUCAAAUAUUGACACAUAA